AUGAGGACUACAUCAAGGUCAGAGAGUGAGAGCAAUUUUUAUACAAAGUUUACCAAUCCCCAUCUCACUCUAGUAGAGUUUUACAUGAGAUUUGAGAGUGCAUUGGAUGCUCAAAGACAUACUCAAGGUCAAUUUGACAAUGACUCUAAACACAAGCAUAAAGAAUGUAAGACUUCCUUUGCAUUAGAGAAACAUGCUUCUAAAAUCUACACCGUUUUAGUCUUGAAUGAUUUUCAAGAGGAGCUCGAGAUUGGUUGCUUUCAAUGUGGACUUGAGGAGUACAAGAAAGAAAAUGGGUUUGAAAUCUUUACCAUUAGAGAAGGAUAUAGAAUAAGAAAGUUCGAUGUUAUUUUUAACCCGGCUAACCUAGAUAGUAAGUGUAUAUGCAAGAUGUUUGAGAGGUUAGGGAUUCCUUGUAGGCACAUGGUUUGGGUGUGGAAGGCAAAGAUGAUUGAGUAUAUUCCUGAUGCUUAUGUGCUAAAUAGGUGGACUACUUUGGCAACUAAAACGCCAAUUUUUGAUUUAGAAGGAAAUAUCUUGGAGGGGAAUGAAGAAGAUCUUACUGAUCUUGUGAAGAAUUUAAAAGGUUUAAGGUUAAACUUGGAAGAUAAGAAGAGUUCUAACAAUCAUGAAAACAAUGGUUCUCCUAGCAAAGCAACAGACAUCGAGCUACUGAUAGCUACCCUUCCUACUGAAAUUGUGGUUAAGCUGCCUAAAAUUUCAAAGAACAAAGGCACGGGGGUUCAUGUUCCAGGUACAGGUAGUGACAAACGAUUGAAAUGUGACAAGGAAAAGGCAAUUGAGCAAAGCCAAAAGAAGAAAAGGUUAUGUAGAGGUUGUGGAGAGCUUGGUUACCAUGAUAUCCGGAAUUGCCCACAUAAAGUGAAAGAAAAUUGUAAGUUAUAA